CCAUGUUGGCGAGGCUCAUGGCGCGGCUCCGCGGCGGCGAGCACGGCGGGCGCCGCGCCUGCUACGGCAUCGCGGCGACAUGCGCGUGGCUGCUUCUUCUGCGUGCUCGCCGUCGCCCUCCGCAGCGUCUGGAAGGCCUUCGCGUUCGCCAGCCUCGCGCUGGCGGCCUUCGGCGCCGUCGACCACUUCGCGCCCGACAUCUGGUGCGCCGGUGCGCCAGGCGACGGCGAAGGCGCGCCGGAGCGAGACCAGUCCACGGCGCCGGCUUCGGCUCGACGGUUCGGGCUUGGGCGUGCCGCGAUCGACGCCCUGCCCACGUUCGCGUACGGCGCCGACGGUGGCGACGUCGACGUGGACCUUGAGUCGGGGGGCGACACCGCGUGCUCGGUGUGCCUGGAGGACCUGCGGGCCGGCGAGACGGUGCGGCGGCUCCCGGCGUGCAGGCACGUGUUCCACGUGGAGUGCAUCGACAUGUGGCUGCACUCGCGCCGUAGCUGCCCUCUCUGCCGGUGCGACCUCUCGCCGCCGCGGAAGGUUGUUACCAAAGCGCCGGCGGUGGAGAGUGGAACGCCUGCUGAUGACGCUUUGCCUGCGGUGGUCGCGGCGACGGUAGCAGAGACGGAGCCGCCGGCUGAUGAUCAUGAUGCUUCGCCGCCGGUGGUGACAACAGAGACGAAACCACCUGCUGGUGCUUUGCCGACGGUGUAGAUCCUCUGUUUAAGAAUUUUUUUAGGCUAGAAAAUGACUUUUUUUUAUGCACGUCACCCAUACACACAGUAGGAUCGUCGCUCUUUCGUGUUGUAAAUCUUGUGCAUUCCUCUGUAUUCCGCCUGUAUAUACAUGCUAA